CAUUAUCCUAUUCUAUUCAAGUUGGGACAAACUCAUGUCGCAUUGGGUGGGUUGUCACAACAAAUGCAGGUUGCGACAUUGUCAUUAUUGUUGCACGAUGGAUGAAUUUUGAUUCAGUGGUUGGAGGGGAGAAAAUGUAGAAGUUGCAGAGCCAUUUUGCUGCACCAUUUACAUUUCUCCCCCACGCUCUCGUCAGGCCCAACGCGAUGGAUGCUGCUGGGAUGCUGGAUGGCGGAAAGGAUGCUGUAACACACUCUGGCAGGACUUUUACUUUUCGUGCGUGACAAAGUGCAUCCUUCCAAUCGUAGCACGAAACGGAGAGCGGAGAUGUGUGUAUACCGUACCGAUUCGACUGAUGCUGUGAAGUGCCAAUGUACAACGAGGUUCCGGUUAGUUGGAGCCUGGAGAUCGUUGCGAGAAGAUGUGUUCCGUUACGAGAUUUCGCUAGACGAGGUUUAUUUGGGUGUUGGUAAUCUGGCUAGUACACAGUCAGUCUCAGCUCAGUGGAUAAGGAUAAGUGAUGUAUGGGCAAAUUAGUUGGGCAGGAGCUUUCUGGUGUGAAUUUCUUUGAAGUGGAAACUCGGGAGGCUGAAAGUUUUUGCUGGCACUAAUUACACACAAAGUUGUUUUAUUUUCCGAUGCAUUCAACGCUAAAUGAGGGCGAUGCUAUCUACACCCUUCGAUAGCAGUUUAAUGUGAGAACUAUCAAGGACAGUCGAGGAAGGCGGAAUAACAUCCCCUAGGGGGCAGUACUGAGAGGAAAAGAAGCCUUUUUUUGCGUUGGCUCCGUAAAUGGAAAACCGUGCCCUGAAGGAAUGUUAAUAUUUUUUGUGUGAGUUGAAAAUAGGAAAAGAGGAAAUAAACUGAAGCCAGCACAUCGUAAACCGAAGAGAGGAAUAAGGGAAGAUCCAAAACAGUCUGUGCUGGGUGGGUGGCAAGCAUAAAAGUGUGCACAAGGAUAACGGCUUCAGCCGGACACAUCUCUCCGGCGAGGCGUGGAAUGCUGGGAAAUAUUCGAGUGGAUAAAUAAGCAAAUAGAGAAAAAUCUUCCACCGGGGACGUGCGAUACUACUAUUGAAUUGAAACAGAGUGUGUGAGGAGUUUUUAUGUCUGGUGGAAGCUGAUUCGGUACUUACACUAUUAUUUGCUUACCGACGGACGGAGUGUGGGAAACGAGACACACAGGAUAAGAGAGGACAGGAGCACCCUCACACGAAACGGUGGGGGUAUCGGACGGAGAGGUGUUUUUCAAAGCGGAACCAAGGACCUUUCCUCGGUGGAUACGCCUGGUGAACUCUCGCAGGCGAACACACAUGACGAAGGCAAGAAUCAUGUCCAAGGGAGUCGACUACCGCACGCUCGCAGCAAGAGGCAGUCCAUCGAGGGAUGUUCACAACUUCAAAAUCCCUUCGAGGAAAGCACGAUUCAAACUGGCCCUGAUAUUGAUCAGCAUUCUCCUGGUGUUCCUCUACAGUAUCAGCUUGCCGGCAUGGCUCUACAGUGGAGGAACGGGAAACCCGUAUUGGGAGGAAGCCUUCAUCACCAAGGAUGAUGAACAGCACUUCAACUACAACAGUUCCUACUUUGUGAACACGGUGGGCUGCAAAAUGCCCAGUCUUCCGAUCGUAGACGAACACGUGCAGAAGUUCCUCCAGAAGGUUGAGCCCUUGAACUGCACCCCGGCUCUGAUCCAAAGCGAUAGAAGCUCCAUCUGGUUUCAGCUGACCGAGGAAGACAUCGAAAAGCACUACGAGCUCGGGAAUGCCAGCAUGAUCCAGUGCUGUUACCGUCCGUUUGAGCGUAAGUCCAACAGCAAUGUGAGGAUCGUCGGACAAGAGAUAUGCUUCGAGUACGGCGAACGGGUCGAGGUCAUGGACGAGUUCAUAGCAGUUAUCUGCACGCAUCCUGCCAAGCAGCAAGAAGUGUUCUAUAGGGAUUAUUUCGCGUUUGUACCGCUGAAACCGGCCAUUGAAGAGCGUUGUGAAAAUACUAGGAACGAGUUGAAUGCAAGGUUCGGCGGUGAGGACGAGAAGCUCAGCAUGAUGAUCUUGGGUAUUGACAGUGUGUCCCGGCUGAACUUCCAUCGUCAGAUGAAUCUCACCGCGGAAAUGGUGAUCGAGCGAUUGAGAGGUGUUGAGCUGUUUGGCUACAACAAAGUCGGCGACAAUACGUAUCCUAACUUGGUUCCGGUUCUCACCGGUCUCGAUGUAGACGAGCUGUCAGCGGCAUGCCUUCCAAAUUCCAACAGCACAUUCGAUCUGUGCCCUUUCAUUUGGAAGAAGUUCGGAGCGGCAGGUUACCGAACCUUCUACGCCGAAGACAGCAGCACGAUGGAGACCUUCAACUACCUGAAGAAAGGUUUCCGCGAUCAACCUACGGACUACUAUUUGAGAAGUUUCUUCAGACAGGCCGACUCUUCCAUAGGUUACAAUAAGAAAGUUAACGCCAAGCUCUGCUUGGGUGGUCGUAACCCCACUCAGAUAUUGGUAGAGUACGCUCGAAAAGUAGUGUCAGCUAUGAAAAACCGUCUAAGCUUUUCGUUGCUUUGGGCGUGUACCAUGACUCAUGAUCUACUAAACUACCCUUCGUUAGUCGAUGCAGACUAUCGAAGCCUGCUGGAGCACAUGGAACAAGAAGGCUUUUUGAAUAAGUCAGCCGUAAUUCUUCUCAGCGAUCACGGAAUACGAUGGGGUAACUACAGAAACACAUAUCAAGGCAUGAUGGAAGAGCGACAGCCAUUUCUCUACAUUCUUCUACCAACAUGGUUCCAGCAUCGAUAUCCGUCAGCAUACCGUAACCUUCGAAAAAACAGGCAGCAGUUAACAUCGCACUUUGAUCUAUACGAAACUCUCAAAGACCUGUCCAAUCCAUCUCUGCUGUCACAAUCGGCGAUCAAGUUGCGAUCGUUCGAACUUCUCGAUACGAAACCGGUCCCCAGAGGAAUCAGCCUAUUUCUACCAAUCUCUCCAACGAGGAACUGCGAAGACGCCGGCAUAGCUCCGCAUUGGUGCACUUGUCACGAUCACAGGCCGAUCGUGACCAACGACUAUCGGGUGGUUUCCGUUGCCCGAUACACCGUGAAUCACCUCAACCAAAUGCUCAAAAAGUAUCCUCAGUGUAGUACACUCCAUCUGUACUCGAUCGAGGAUGCCAGCCUUGGGAUAUCCACGGAGGAGAUCAUAUCGAAGAAACCGAUCAACCAGUUCAGCGACAUUAGCGUUCGGUUUCUCACUAGACCGGGCGAAGCGGAGUUCGAGGCCACGGUUCGGAUCGACUCGUUCAACCGGAGUUCGCUGACGGGAAGCGUCAGCCGGACGAAUCUCUACGGCAAGCAGAGCUACUGCGUGGACGAUUACCGGAUGAAGCUUUACUGCUUUUGUACACGAUAGAAAACGUAUUAGCGACAAUAGACUAAAGUAGAUAGAUGUAGCAAGGACCAACAAAAUCAUGAGUGAAGCAAUUUCUUUCGAUUGGAAGUUGGACAUUUUGUGAUCCAUUUUUUGUAUCGAAACACAAACUGAUUGGGCAGUCGACCUUGAAUUCAGGUUACGCUUGGUUCUUAUAAGAGAAUUGGAGCGAAAAGAAGGGGCGCUAGCUGUUGUUUUAUCAUUUUAUUUGGAUGAAUUUUCAUGUUUUAUGUUAGUACAAAAUCAAAUAAAGAUAUU